UAGAUAGAUAGAUAGAUAGAUAGAUAGAUAGAUAGGUGGAUGGAUGAUGGAUAGAUGCAGACAGAGGGAUUGCGUUAGGAAAAAGUUAUACAUUGUACGUUUCACAGGCUUUACUGCAACCAUGUUGCCACCUGGUGGCCAAUACCAGGCAUUGACAGUGAGACCGCUCAUAUACAUCCACCUUGCACAAUAGAAAUACACUGAACGAAAAGAAAUUAUCGAUGGAUGGAUAGAUGGAAUAAUAGAUGAUGGAUGCAUGGACGAUGGAUGGAAGGUUUGGAUGAUGAUGGAUGGCACGAAUGAAGAAUGGGUGGGUGGAUGGAUGGAUGGAUGGAUGGAUGGAUGGAUGAAUGGAUGGAUGGACGGAUGGAUGAAUGGAUGGACGGAUGGAAGGAAGAAUAGAUGAUAUAUGCAUGGACAAUGGAUGGACGGUUUGGAUGGCAGGAAUGAAGAAUGGGUGGGUGGAUGGAUAGAUGGAUGGAUGGAUGGAUGGAUGGAUGGAAGGAAGGAAUGAAGGAUGAAUGGAAGAUAGAUAGAUAGGUAGGUAGGUAGGUGGAUAGAUAGAUAGAUAGAUAGAUAGAUAGAUAGAUAGAUAGAUAGAUAGAUAGAUAGAUAGAUAGAUAGAUGGACGGAGGAAGGAAGGAAGGAAGGAAGGAUGCACCACCUUGCAUAAUAAACAUAAACAGAAUCAAUACCAAUAAUCCGCAGUAGAAAAUCCAACCCAUAUGCGUAAACCCAGUGGUCCCUCCAACAGUGACCGCCAAAUGUGACCCUGCAGAGCAGACUGCUUCUGAUGGAGGCCGACCAGGAAAAAAAAAAAAAAAAAAAAAAAACUCCAGGAAUUCUUCCCUCAGUUUUCCUUUGCUUCAAGUUUCAGGAAGUGAGAAAGGAGGGAAAAUGAAAUCCAGACCACAGAGGCUUUGGGAGGCUGGGGGGCGGGGGGGCAGCUCUCGGAUCAGAUGUCCAGACAGAGGCGGAGUUGCAACAUUCAACUUCACUUCAGCUCCCAUUUUCACACAAAAGCUCAGAACUUGACCAGCUGGGAGACCGAUGUCCAUCUGGAAGAGUGUGUGUGUGUAGGUCUGUUAACAGUGUGUGUGUGUGUGUGUGUGUGUGCGGAAUGAGAGAAUGAAGCGGGAGCGUCGCUGAGUCGGCAGAAGCUGCUGAGUCUGCGCUUUGGUGGCGUGGCGAACAUGUGGAAGAGGUGGACGCCAGGAGAAGAUGAGAGCGAGCGGGAGGACAACGAGGGCGGGACAAGCGGCGGGACGCUCCCGGCCCACCAUUGAGCCUUGAACCCAUGAACCGGACUCGUAGCGCCGUGCUCGGCCUCCCCCCUCCUCCCUCUCCCCCUCCUCCUCCUCCUCCUCCUCCUCCUCCGUCGUCUUUCUCCAGUCACUUCAGCACCAUGAGGUUCUCCUACCACCUCGACAACAACGCCGCCGGGAGGACAGGUCCCCCAUCCUCCUUGAGUCCUAGCUUGCUGGCAAAGAGUCUCUCUCUGGAGCCUCCUUGUGGCUCCCAGGAGCCCUCCUCCUCCUCCUCAAGUUCUGCCGGGCUCCAGGAGGAGGAGGUGAAUGACACGGGACCACCACAGCUUAGUAAGAGCCGACUUCCUCUUCUCGGACCCAAGCCUCAAGUCCCCCCCAAGCCGCCCCACCUGCAGCAUCAGGUGGGAGCGUUGAGGACCCGACCCCGGGCACCAGACAAGCCGCUGCCCCCUCCGCCACCCUGCAAGCCCCACCGUCCUGAGGACCAUGCUUCACCGACCUGCGUCCUGUCACUUAUCGAAAAGUUUGAGCGUGAGCAGAUCAUCAUGGUUCCUGACAUCACCGGUGGGGCUCUGUGUCCCCGCCUCCUCGACACCCCCUUAUCUCGACCUUCAUCUCCACCAUCAUCAUCGUCAGCCCCCACCGUCCCCGAGGAGGAGGAGGGGCUCCCCGAGCUCAAACAUCACGAUGACGUUGUGGAAGAAGGGGAGGGGCCAGAGGAGCUGGCAUCUGUGGAGACGAGCAAGCACCCGCCGCCCGAUCAAUCGGGUCUGCCGCCCGAGCGUUUGUCCCUCCCCUCCUCCUCGCAGACCGACGGCAAGCUGGCUAAUCGCGACAGUGGCAUCGACAGCAUCAGCUCACCGUCACACAGCGAGGAGCUCUGCUUUGUGGGCGUGGACGACAGUGGCGGCGGCGGCGGCGGCGUUUACUCCUGCGGCUUCCCCCGACUUUCCAGCUCAUCCUCGUACGCCGGCGAGGGAGAGGACGGUGAGGCAAGGGGCGUGGCCAGGAGGAGGGACUUCUCGGAGGAUGCAGACAGCGACCUGGAUGAGGAGGAGGAGGAGAGUGAGCUUACCUUGGUGCUUCCAGCCCCCAGACAAGACUUGGCUGAGUUGUCCGUCCAGCAGAGAGUGUUCAACAUCGCCAACGAGCUCCUUCACACAGAGAUCUCCUACGUUUCCAAACUCCACCUCCUGGACCAGGUCUUCUGCGCACGACUGUUGGAGGAAGCGCGCUCUCGCUCCUCCUUCCCAUGCGACGUCAUUCACGGAAUCUUCUCCAACAUAUGCUCCAUCUACUGCUUCCACCAGCAGUUUCUCCUGCCGGCCCUGCAGAAGCGCAUGGAGGAGUGGGACUCGAACCCACGCAUCGGAGACAUCCUGCAAAAGCUGGCGCCCUUCCUGAAGAUGUACGGAGAGUACGUGAAGAACUUCGACCGCGCCAUGGAGCUCGUCAACACGUGGAUGGAGAGGUCGGCUCUGUUUAAGAGCAUCAUACACGACAUCCAGAGGGAUGAGCGCUGCGCUAACCUAACGCUCCAACAUCACAUGUUGGAGCCGGUCCAAAGGAUUCCUCGAUAUGAACUCCUGCUCAAAGAUUAUCUACACCGCCUACCGGAGGACGCGCCGGACUGCAAGGAUGCUCAUAAGUCUCUGGAGCUCAUCGCCACGGCAGCUGAACACUCCAACGCCGCCAUCAAGAAGAUGGAGCGAAUGCGGAAGCUGCUGAAGGUCUACGAGCUCCUGGGCGGCGAAGAGGACAUUGUGAACCCGACCAACGAGCUCAUCAAGGAGGGGCACAUCCUCAAAUUGUCCAACAAGAACGGCACAUCGCAGGAUCGAUACCUCAUCCUGUUCAACGACAGGCUGCUCUACUGCGUUCCCAAGCUGCGUCUAAUUGCACAGAAGUAUGGCGUCCGCGCUCGCAUCGACGUGGACGGUAUGGAGCUGAAGGAGACGAGCAGUGCAGCAGUUCCUCGGACCUUCUUGGUGUCGGGCAAGCAGCGUUCGCUCGAGCUGCAGGCCAGGACAGAAGAGGAGAAGAAGGACUGGAUCCAGGCCAUCCAAGCCACCAUCCAGAGACACGAGCACAGCAUGGAGACAUUCCGUCACCUGACUUGUUCGCUACGAGAUGACGAGUCCACACCCCCUCACUCCCCGAGCUGUGCCGAGCUGGGCAAGCGAGCGCCGACGCCCAUCCGUGAGAAGGAAGUGACGUUGUGCAUGAAAUGCCAGGAGGCAUUCAACGCCCUCACCAGGAGGCGCCACCACUGCAAGGCCUGCGGUCACGUGGUUUGUGGGAAAUGCUCCGAGUUCCGUGCCCGCCUCUCGUACGACAACAACCGCACGAACCGUGUAUGCGUGGACUGCUACGCCAUGCUGGUCGGCGUGUCCCCGCCGCCUUCCGUUGUGGCCGGCGGCAGCCAGAGGAGGCGCUCCAUCCUGGAGAAACAAGCUUCGUUGGCGGCCGAGAACAGCGUCAUGUGCAGCUUCUUGCAUCACAUGGAGAAAGGGGGCGGCCGGGGCUGGCAGAAGGCCUGGUUCGUCAUCCCCGAAAACGAACCCCUGGUGCUCUACAUCUACGGAGCUCCUCAGGAUGUGAAGGCGCAGCGCAGCAUUCCUCUGAUUGGCUUUGAAGUUUCCCUCCCGGAGUCAUGUGACCGCCUGGAGCGUCGUCACACCUUUAAGAUUUCCCAGAGUCACCUGACGCUCUACUUCAGUGCAGACGGCGAGGAGCUCCAGCGCCGAUGGAUGGAUGUCCUGUCCAGGGCCGGGAAAGGGGAGGAGCCCCAGCUUCACCAGCCAAUUGUGGAGAGCGUGGAAGAAGAGGGGGAGGAGACGGACGGGGCGGAGGUCGACAACACGUGAUUUGAUUGAAUGAGUGAUGACGUCGGGGGGUGGUGCCGACCAUUGGAGCUUAUUUAACCUGCAUGGACACAGGGUGGGACAUUACCCAUAAGCCUCUGCACAGCUGUGAUGUCACAUGCUGACUGAAAGCACAAUCCUAUGCCUCCUGACGCCGCCAUUUUGUUUUGAUAACAUCAUCCACUACACAUAAUGCUCUGCAAAAGGCAAGUCAUGACGCCCCACCCCAAAUGGAAGAAUUGUGACUUCAUAAUGGCCAUUAUUCAUUUUAUUUUUUUUAUUUCAGGUUUUUAUUAUAUUAUUUCAUUCCAUCUCGUGUUAUUGAAGAUGUAAUGUAAGAAAACAAAUCAAGAAACUAAACAAAUGCGGUGGACACACAGAGGAGAAACCAGGAUUUAGACGGAGCCCGUUUGCCAGUCAUUCUCUUCUUCUUCUUCUUCUUCUUCUUCUUCUUCUUGUCAUUCUGAUGAUUUGCUGUUGGAUGUUUUGUGCGUGUGUUUGUGUGUGAGCGCGGGUGCAUGUGUGUGUGGUUUACUUGAUACCAAACCAACUUUUGUAAAUAUAAUUUAUUCACCUGCAGUCACAUGACCAUGUCAGCAGGAGGGAAGAAGUCGGGAGCACCAAGCCUCGCGUAGCAACUGACUAGCUUCCUGGGAUGGAGCAGGCUCUUUUUGCUAAAAUAGGCAAAUCUUAUUCUGGAACUUGGAUGGUUUUUGUUCAUUAGGAUCACUGCAUUUGUGGGAAUGUUUUUUUUCCAUACUUGGCUUUCAUUAUGUGUUUUUACUAUGUUGUUUUUAGGGUUAAGCCUAGAGUAGCGAUUCGGGGGGCAUGCUCUUUGUGCUAAGCUAGGCUAAUCUUAUUCCGGAACAUUGAUGACGGUUGUUUAUUAAGAUAACCACAUUUGUGUAAAAACUCUUUUUUUUUUAAGACUUAACUUUGAAAGCGCGGUUUUACCGCUAAGCCUAGCGUAGCCGCUGGCUAGCUUUCUGGAAGGGAUAAGGCUCUUUGUGCUUAGCUAGGCUGAUAUGUUCCUGGAACGUAAUGUUUAUUCAUUGAGAUCACCACAUUUGUGUGAAUGUCUUCUUGUUUUGUUGCCAACUUAGGUUUCAGUGCGUGUUUUUAGCAUUAAGCCUAGCGUAGCAACUGACUAGCACCCUGGGAAGGAGAAGACUCUUUGUGCUAAGCUAGGCUCAUCUUAUUCUGUAAAUUUUAUGAGCUUUGUUCAUUAAGAUCACUGCAUUUGUGGGAAAAUCUGUUUUUGUUUGUUUCCAACUUGGCUUUCACAGUUUGUUUUUACCAUGUUGUUUUUAAGGCUAAGCCUUGCCCUUUUUGCUCAAAUAGGCUAAUCUUAUUCCGGAACUUUGGUGGCGUUUGUUCAUUAAAAUCAUAGCGUUUGUGUGAAAGUCUUUGUUGUUGUUCUUUCCAACUUGACUUUCAUGCUGUGUUUUUAGCGCCAAGCCUAGCGUAGCAACUUAGUAGCUUCCUAGGAGGGACCAGGCUCUUUGUGCUAAAAUAGGGUAAUCUUAGUCUAGGACUUUGAUUACUUUCAUUAAGAUCACUGUGUUUGUGUGAAAGCCUUUUUUCAACUUUCUUUUGGCUUUCACUGCGCGUUUGUUGCCUGUUGGUUUUAACGUGUGGCGCUCCUCUUCCCUCAGUGAUGUUAGAAGGAAAUGGCCUUACAGUUGAUCAUUUUUUUAAUGUACUCUGAAGCUUCUGACUAUGUGUCUUUGUGCUUUAGUCGACAUGGUGCUGAAUGCUAGAUGACGUCUAUUGCUGGAUGAUGACAAUUCCUUCCCUUUUGCGAGCUAGCGGACAAGCUAGACUCCGAUCCUUCCAGUCGCGUGACUCGUUCCAAGUGACAGCAGACGAGCGGGGCUGAUGUUUACACGUGGUCACAAUGUGGCGCUGUGAGUUCUGAGUGAACUUGUGCCAAAUGCAGUGUUCUAUUGUAAUAAUGUUAUCGUUGUUGGGCUUCUUGCCUCUGGUGAGUGUGUUUCUAUUUUUACAGUUCACACGUAGGGUAUCGUGGACUGUAAAUGGCUGCUGUUACCAUGGAGACCAACACAUCUUCAAAUUAAAGUCACGUGAAUGGACUUUCUGUUACAGCUUAUCCCUAAUAAAAGAUCUCUCGUUCUAGUAAGCCCUGAAUUUUUGGGAGCCCCAUGUUGCCAUAGCAACCGCGAGGCUCCUAAACCUGCUCUUUGGUGUUGUCGUGGUAAACACUAACAUCCACACCGUAUAGUGUCUUGUUGCUAUGGUGGGUGCCAAGUUCCUGUGCUGCUUGGUUGCUGUGGCAACAGCAGUGAGAGAGAUUGACGAUUCAUGAGUGUGAUUGGUUAGUGGCCGGCCACUGCCUUCCUUGAACCUUGUCUGUCACUUUGCCUUGUGAAUGACAUCACGUGUUAAAGAAAUUAAAAUAAAGCAUUAACAAAAGGA